AUGUCUGUGACUAUUCUAGAGCCUUUAACAGCAGAAACAUCCAAGACAAUCGCUAUAAAGAUCAAGUUGAACAAUGAUUUAAUAGAGAAACUUCGAAAUAACCCUGCAAAACUUAUAGUUCGAAAUGGUAACUAUGUAUGUAUAUGGAAAAGUGACCCCCCCAAAAUCAAAAACAUCCCUUCAUCGACACCAACACCGAGAACACCGACAUCCGUGUCCCCCAUUGUAAGAUCACCUCAAGUUAUCGUUGCACCUUCAUCUUCAUCGUCUUUAACUUCUUCUUUCACAAGUGCGCGAGCCGUUUACUCACAGGCAUAUAAUCCGUUUAAAGUUGCCCAAGAGGACUCGCAGGAUGUGAUAAUCAAAAAGUUUCUUCAUCUACUAUCACUUGGGCCCAUUUCGUAUGCGAGUAUAACCGAGUUGAUGCAUUAUCAUGACAUUGACGACUUGUUACUGCAACACGCUGAAAAGUUUCACAAUUUUUUAGACGAGUAUCCCUAUAUGGAAGACAGUAGCGACACUUUUAUUCUCAAGGACAAGACAUAUAAGCAGUUGAUACCAUUAAACUGGGGGUACAAAGAUGACGAGAGGGAAAUGGUCAAAAGCAAUAUCAAUAAUGCAUUAACUAGAUUGGGAUACUCGAAAACCCAUCCAGUAAGAAAGAAGAUUUGCCAAAAGCCAGCAGAAGUAAGUAAGGAGUCAAGUCAACCAAGUCAACCAAGUCAACCGAGUCAACCAAGUCAACCAACUAAACCAAGUCAACCACCCAUAUCCAAGGCAAAUGGGCGGGGAGAUAUCGUUAGCGACGAAAAAUAUUUCCAAAACUUGGCCGUUUUGUUUAAAGAAAAGUACCAGGAGUAUUCUCAACUUUACACACAAUUGAAAAACCAUACCACCGAUAAGGCUGACUUGAUCAAAUUAGUCGAUUUACAUAAUUUGCUCCGCGAGAUGCUUAAAUGGGUACAAGGUGGAUUAUCUGCUGUAGCAGGAACAACGGAACCUGAAUAUGGCCCUGAAGCAAUUCAUCCUAUCACGAGACGCGUGAAAGAGGAGCAAGUAUCACGAACAUCUACUCGCGAUGAUUUCAAAUGGCAAUUGCUUUCUUAUACAAAUGUUGAGACGUUGACUAUGUAUUUCACAGAUUUGUCACACAAGAACAAAGGGUUUGUACAAGUCAUUUACUCAUUGAUUAUGGGGGUUGUCAAUACUGCACAUUUGAACUUGCGUUGUAAUGGUAAAUGGUACUCUUUACCAUUACAGGAUUACGUUAUCACCGGCAAUGAUGUUGUUGCAAAAAACUUCUCAUUGACGUUGGCAGAGGAUGGGAAAUCGUACCAUUUGAAAAGUGCUGUGGGUGCUACUAUGAUCGAUAUGACUUUUUCUCAAAUUUCUCCUGGUGUCAUAUUUGGUGAAGAUGGAACUACUUUAUACGGAACAGACGUUGAGAAUCCAUGGGGUAUUAUGCGCCAUUCUUUCUGGCCCCGUUGUUCAGUAGAAGGUGUUAUAAUCAACAAUGAUUUGGGCAAAGUUGAGCUUUCGAGUCAGAACACUUUAGGGAUGGUUGUCAUGGCUUUACAAGGUAUGAAACCUCACCAUGCUGCUGCGUCAUGGAAUUUCUUGAAUUACCAAGGUGAGGAAUUUUCUGCUGUAGUGAUGGAGUUCACAACACCGAAAUCGUACGCGAAAACUAGAGUCAAUAUAGGAAUUAUAGUAAAGGGUGACAAAAUUGUAUCUGCAUCGAUAGAUAACGAUGUUAUACACGAGAGACCUAAAGAUAAUGAUAUUUGGCCUGUUCCUGAAAAGAUUACUUUUAAAUUCCCCGAUGGACAGAUUGUUGGCGAGUUGAAGAAUUUAGUUGAAAGAGUUGACGUUAUGGCUGAAAUUCCUCAAUUUGUGAAAAAUCUAGUGUCCAAUAUUUCAGGUGCAAAGCCCUACAUCUAUCAGUACGCUGAUGAUUUUGAAUUGGAGUUCAAGGGCGAGAAGGAGAAGGGUUUGGGAUACUGUGAAGUCACCUUCAUUAGUGAAUGA